UACGACGAGGAGGAGGAGGGGGAGGAAUAGGAGGGAGGAGGAACCCCGCGCGGCUCCGGGGCUCAUGACGUCACGAUUGGUUACCGUUGCUAAAAAAUAAAAAAAACCUCAAAAACAAAAACGCGCGCGAAGGGAGGGGGAGAGAGAGAAGGGAGAGAGAGAGAAGGGAGAGAGACAAGGGAGAGAGACAAGGGAGAGAGACAAGGGAGAGAGAGAGAGAAGGCUCCGUUGGGAGACGCGCGGUGUGGGACGCGUGAGUUGGGCCGAGGCGAGGAGCUCCCACGCACCGCAAGAGGACCCCGUCUCCCCCGAGUCGGCUACCGCAAUCAAGGCCUCGCAGGAAGUGUCCCGUGGGGCUCCGGGGUCCCCGCAGUUCGUCCAGGUGUUGACGACGAGAGUCAAAGGGACGCAAAGGGAGCGCAAAGGGAUAGUUCGCCAUGGGGAUCGAGUCUGCGCUGCGUGCGCGCCCGCGCCUCUGGCGCGCCGCGGGCCUCGCGCUCUUCGUGCUGGGGGUCACGGGCCUCGUGGCGCUCUUCGUGUCGUGGAACGCGAGCAAAGCUGUGCCCCAAGUUCCGCUCAAGUACGGCGUGGUGCUGGACGCGGGCUCCUCGCACACCAAGGUGACCCUGUACCAGUGGCCGGCGGAUAAGGAGAACGGCACGGGGGUCGUGAGCCAGACCACCGACUGCUCUGUUGAAGGCCCCGGGAUCUCGAGCUACGCGCACGCCCCUGCGGGCGCGGGCCGCUCCCUGGGCCCGUGCCUCAGGGCCCUGGCCGCGCGCGUCCCCGCGGAGCGGCGCGCGGAGAGCCCCGCGUUCCUGGGAGCCACGGCCGGGAUGCGCCUCCUCGAACUGCAGGACCCAGUGGCGACCGAGCAGAUCCUGGCGUCGGUGAGGGACGCCCUGCGGCGCUCCGAGUUCAGCUUCAGGGAGGCGCGGAUCUUGACGGGCGAGGAGGAGGGCGCGUGCGGCUGGGUCACGGUCAACUACCUCAAGGGCAACUUCCUCCAGAGUCCCGACGCGUCGUGGGUGGCGAGCGCCAUGCGCUGGUGGCGCCCGGAGCCGCUGGUGACGCACGGCGCUCUGGACCUGGGGGGCGCCUCCACGCAGAUCUCGUUCGUGCCGCGGGACCCGCCCCGGCGCGACGCCUCGUCCUUCCGCCUCUUCGGCUCCGACUACGCCGUGUACACCCACAGCUUCCUGUGCUACGGCCGCGACCAGGCCAGCCUGGCGCUGCUGCGCACGGUUAUCGAAGCCGCGCGGGGGAAUGACACGGUGCUGAACCCGUGCUACAACGCGGGCUACAGCCGCUCCGUGCGCCUCGCGGACGUCUACGGCGGCAGCUGCACGCGAGCGCCGUACCCGGGCGGCGGCACGUGGGUCCCGGCGGCGAACACCACGGUCACCCUGGUGGGCACGGGCGACGCGGCGCAGUGCCUGCAGGCCGUGCGCCGCAUCUUCAACUUCUCGGCGUGUGACAACAACCCCGAGUGCUCCUUCAACGGCGUCUACCAGCCACCCGUGGAAGGCGGCUUCAUGGCGUUCGCCGGGUUCUACUUCACCAUGCAGAGCCUGAACCUGACGCACGGAGACGGCACGGCAAGCGUCGCCACCUUCAACUCCAAACUGGCCACUGCGUGCUCGCGCACCUGGGCACAGGCGCAGCAGGCGAACCCGGGCGUUCGCGAGGACCGGCUGCGCGCCGUCUGCUUCAACGGACACUACGUGCAGAGCCUCCUGCUGGACGGCUACGGCUUCACGGAGGAAAGCUUCGCCCAAAUCCGCUUCCUCAAAAGCAUCCAAGGCAGCAGCCUGGGUUGGACCCUGGGCUACAUGCUCAACCAGACCAACAUGGUGCCGGCGGUCCGGCCGCCCAGGGGCUCCUUCCUGCCCGUGGGCGCCUUGUCGACGCUGCUGCUGCUCUUCUGCCUGCUCCUCCUCGCCUCCCUCGCCAUCUGCUUCGUCCUCGUCCGCCGCGGCAGCAGCAGCAAGCGCCGCGCGGAGGCGGGCGGCGCCGAGGCGGCGACGAUGAGCUCCACCGUCGUGUCGUGAGGUGGUCGGGGCGCACCCCCCCCCUCACCACCAGCAGCCCGUGGCGUCGGUCGGGGGGCAAAGGGGGGGGGGGGGGGUUCGCGCAACGGGGCAGUGCGGUGGUGCGUGGGUUGAGGACCGGUGGCGGUUCGGCGGCCCCGAGGAGCGGCGAUUCGAAGGCACGACGACGACGACCUGCAGCUUCAGGCAUUAACUAGACCGGGCAGUGUAUGGGAAAGCAGGCUUUGAGACAAAAUUAAGAACAAAACGCAUAAAUUAGAUGACGCUUUCUAGCGCGCGUUUGUCUUGGGACGUAUUUAAUAAGCAGCACGGAAGCCGACGGCGGAUAGGCUUUCAAAUAUGAAAAUGCAUUUUCACGUUUUGCAAGCAUUCGAUCCAACACGUUUGUUACACGGAAAAAGCUGCUUUGGCAGGUACCCCAGCUAGGUUUACAAAGGCUAACUGUGGUGAAUAACCAUUAUCGAUGUUUGGUUUUCUCUCAGGCAAGUCCACAACUUUACACGAAAAGUUUCGUUCACGGUGGAAUCAUCUCUACGAGGGGUUAUCGCCCCCCCCCC